GUUACGUAGCAAGCCUGCGGAUGACGUCACCACUAGCCAGCACGACGGCGCUGGAGUGGCGAACUGUCGCCGUCGGGGUCCGUCUCCUCGAAGCUGCCGCUUUAGAGAACAAGCACAUUCUGAGUCCUGGGAAUAAGUGUCUGGAGCCCGUCUUGUGAAGUGCCUGCACAGGUCUGGUCUGUGGAAACUGCCGUGUUUGUCAGCAACAGCAGCACCUGAACUGUGCCAUGGCUCUGUUGACCCUGCACAGGAUUCCCUCCAUCAGCGCUGCUCCAGAUGAAACCACUCAAAGGAGAGGGAGAUUUCAGAAAAGGGAGAGCUUUGCCCUUGUUAAAGGAGCGGUGCUCCUGCUGGAAGAAGCGGAAAGAGAGGACCUACACGAGGACUCCACUCCCCUAAAACAAGAAGACGGCGCCGCGUCAGACACGCGACACCGACACAUCCACGCCAUGGUUGAGCUGCUUCGACCAGAAGAUAGCAUCAAGCUGGCCGUGCAGUUGGAGUCUGUCAGCACGGUCCGAGUCCGGUAUCUCAUUGUUGUCUCCACCCUGGCUAACAAAGACGAGAGCAUCCUGCUAGGCAUGGAUUUCCCCAAACGGGACAGUGAGGAGUGCACCAUUGGUCUGGUUCUACCCAUCUGGAGCGACACUCAAGUGUAUCUGGACGGAGAUGGCGGUUUCAGUGUCACAUCAGCAGAAGAAACAAGAAUUUUUAAGCCAGUUUCCAUGCAGACCAUGUGGUCAGUGCUGCAGGCGUUGCACGGUUGCUGUGAGCGUGCCGUCAAUGGCGCCGUGAUUCCGGGUUGCGGCCUGGAAUGGGCCCGGCAUUACCACCAGCACGUGGAGUCGGAUCGCUUCUGCCUCAACGAGUGGGAGGCCAUGAACGACCUGGAGUCGGUCAGAAGGGACAGCGACGGUCAGAGCACCGCUGACAGAAUGUCCAAGGAGAAGUUGAUCAAGGAGCAGCUGAGGGACAUCAUGAGGACCGAAGACCUGGACAACCUCACGUCCAAAAUGGUCCACACGGCCUUGCAGACCCGCAUUGGCUUCGACAUGAGGCCCUUCAAGGAGUACAUCGACAACGAGAUCCUGGUCACCAUGGCUCAGAUGGACAAACCGUCCAAGAUAUUUGACUACCUUUACUUGGGCUCAGAGUGGAACGCAGCCAACUUCGAGGAGCUGCAGAAGAACAACAUCGGCUACAUUCUGAACGUGACGAGGGAAAUCGACAACUUCUUCCCGGAAUCCUUCACCUACAUGAACAUCAGAGUCUACGACGUGGAGGCCACGGACCUGCUCUCCCAUUGGACCGACACGUACAACUUCAUCAACAGCGCCAGGAAGAGCGGACAGGCGGUGUUGGUGCACUGCAAGAUGGGCGUGUCUCGUUCCGCGUCCACCGUCAUCGCCUACGCCAUGAAGCAGCAACGCUGGUCGCUCGACGUGGCGUUGGCCUACGUGAGGGAUCGGCGCUCCAUCAUCAAACCUAAUGAGGGCUUCACAAAGCAGCUGCAGACCUACCACGGCAUCCUCCAGGCCAGUCAGCAGCGUCACAGUUUACUCUGGAGGAGGAAGUCCAAAGACCAAAGGCAGAAGUCCGAGCGCAAGGACGAUGGAGAAAAGCCAGAUGAGGGUGAAGAAGAUGAGGAAGAAGCAGAUGAUGAAGACGAUGAGGAUGAGGGACUUGAUGAGGACGACGACACAGAUAGCAGUGAUGAAAAAGAGGAUUCUGAGGCGGAGGUGUUUGAAGCGCCGGAUGCCAACCAGGAAGUUGGACCGACAGCGCCGUGUGUCAUCGGUCCCAUCAUCACUGCCCCAAGUGUUAGUCGCAGUGGAAGGAUGAACCUUUUCUCCCUCAUGCAGUCCAUCAGUGAAUUAGAUGACGUGGAUAAACGAUGCGAGCAGCUACCUGCCAGCCCACGGCGAUCACCGCGACAACGGAGGCGAAGCCACAGCCGAAGGGGUCUGACCCACCAGAGCGCUUGUGUGGAUCUUUCAUCCGAACCGGGAAGCUUGAACCAGGACGCCGCUCACAACAAACCUUGACGUGGCCAAGAGGAGAAGGAAGGAAAGAGAGCUAUUGGGAAAAACAAAACAAACCUGAAGGACCUCUUGUUACAUGCCAAGGUUUUUGAGCUUGCAUAUCCGUUGACUGUCACAUCAACUGGCUCGAACUUUACUUCCUGUACAUUAUAAACACUCCAGAUGUCAACUAUGCAAUUAUUCCUUUUUUUUUUUUUUUUGUUAUCUGCCAACUUUU